AUGGAAGGAAGAGAAGAAUUCAAAGCUCCAGCACCACCAGCAAACUUGCAAGCUCCAAAGAGAACUUAUAAAUUUGCAAACAAAGCCAAGAAGGAAAGAGGAGCAAAAUCUCACAUUGAUUUUAUGAGGAUGGCAGACAGUGCUGAGAAUCCUUUUGGGAUAGACAGGAGUGCUGGCUUGAGGCAUUUCACAAUGGAAGAAGUUGAACAGCACAAUAAAGAAGGCGAUGCUUGAAUUAUUUUGAAUGAGAAAGUUUAUGACAUGACUAAAUACAUAGACUAUCACCCAGGAGGGUCUAUUAUCAUGCAAGCUGCAGGAAAAGAUGGAACAGCACUUUACAACAGAUACCACCCGUGGGUCAGUGCAACUGCUAUACUAGGAAAAUUUCAAAUAGGAACGGUCACAGUCAGAAGGAACUUCUUGAUUUAG